GUGGAACAUUGAUAACAGGGAAAAGAGCGAAAUGAAUCUUGCAUGAAUCUCGAGAGGAAAAGGGUAGUGGCAUUUUGGUAAUUUUGUGAACAAACUCAUAGCAUGACGUGAGACACAUGUAGUUAUGGUUAUGUAUGUCAGUAUGUGCAAAACAAAUGACUUCCGUGUAGUUCAAGCGAAAGCCCAGCAACUGCCCAACACUUUUUUUACUUUCCCCAUUCUCUCUCUGAAACUGCACAGUUUUCUGGUUUGGUUUGGUACGAGGAGGGUGUUGUUAGUUUAUUCUUCGCAGGUAAAACGUGUUACUCUGUUGUUGGGUUUUCCGUUUCAUAUAGGACUAAGACUAGGAAGGGUUCACGGGUUUUGUGGGCUUAUCAUGUCACUAGUUUUGUUGUGAAUGGGGUUUGGACUGAAAAGAAGGAAGAAGAAGAAAGAAGGAAGAGGAAAGAUGCGCAAGUCUUUCAAGGAUUCCCUCAAAGCUCUUGAAGCUGACAUCCACUUUGCCAAUACACUAGCUUCUGAGUAUCCAAGAGAUCGCGAUGGUGCCUGCUUCCAAAUGAGAUUGUCCUACAGUCCAGCUGCUCAAUUCUUCCUUUUUCUGAUUCAGUGGAGUGAUUGUCACCUUGCUGGAGCCUUAGGAUUGCUUAGAAUUCUUAUAUACAAGGCAUAUGAAGAUGGAAAAACAACCAUAUCCAUUUAUGAAAGAAAAGCCACUUUGAAGGAGUUCUAUGGUGUGGUCUUUCCCUCUUUAUUGCAACUUCACAGAGGAGUCAGUGAUGUUGAAGACCGGAAACAAAAACAUCUGUGUGCUACCAAGUAUAAGCGCAAAGAUUUGACAAGCAAAGGAAAGCUUUCUGAAAUUGACAGAGAGAGAGAAGAAGAGUGUGGUAUUUGCAUGGAGAUGAACAACAAGGUUGUAUUGCCCAAUUGCAGUCAUUCAAUGUGUAUGAAAUGCUACCGAGACUGGCGUAGAAGAUCUAAAUCUUGCCCUUUCUGUCGGGACAGUUUGAAAACAGUAAAUUCUAAUGACCUUUGGAUCUACAUUAGCAGCAGUGAGAUAAAUGACUUGGCUUCAAUCAACAAGGAGAAUUUGAAGAGACUAUUUAUGUACGUAGAAAGUUUGCCUCUCAUUGGCAGACCCUAUAUUCAUGUCAUAUCUUCACCUCUAGUGAUUGCAAAUCAGUAGAACCUCAUUCAAACUUUCAAAUUUCAAAUUCUUAUAUGAUUCUUAGUUAUGCAGGAAUUUAUCCAUUUGUACAUACAUGUUACCUUGUGCCAUCAUAUACUCAUUUCAUUUGAAUUAAAUUUAAGACCUCACUACUCACUAGU